AUGGAUGAAUGGUAUAUCGCGGAAUCGGACUCUGAGGACAUAGCCGCAGCCAUUCGCGAGGAUGGCCAAGAAGCCCCGUUUGAAGCGGAUGAGGACCCUAAAUGUCCUCCGAUACAGUUUUCGGCCGUCGAAGAGAGGACUUUUUGCAGGGAGCUCCGAUCUGCCUUGAUAGUGAAAGCUUUAGGCAGAUCGGUGUCGUACACCGCCAUGUCUAUCCGUCUCAAUGCCAUCUGGGCAAAGGCGGGGGGUAUUCAAGUCACCUCGAUGAAGAAGGGAUAUUUUCUGAUCAGGUUUACUAGCGGCCUGGACUACGAGAGAGCCAUCACAGGCGGACCAUGGAUGAUCGGACCGAGCUAUCUUACUGUUCAUAUGUGGGAUAAACAUUUUGACCCGUACGAACACGAGAUAUCCUCAACUGUAGUUUGGGCACGCCUCCUAGACCUACCGAUACAUUAUUUCCAUCAUGAGGCGGUAAUGAAAAUUGGGCGUCGCAUGGGUAAACCAAUACGCAUAGACGCUGCAACACGCACAAAGGCUAGAAGUGACUAUGCGAGAGUAUGCGUUCAGGUUGAUUUCACCAAACCCCUCUUAUCGCAGUUUACGAUUAAUGGUAAGAAGUACUUUAUCCAGUAUGAGGGUUUGGAGAAGAUUUGCCUAAGCUGCGGAACGUAUUCAGAACAUGGCGCCUGUCCAUGGACCAAGGCCCACAUACCAAUGGAAGCAGACAGCAACGUCGCGGUGCACCAGACGGGGGAGAAAGAACCAAAACAGGACAGCACCUAUGGUGAGUGGAUGAUAGCAAAAAGGAAACCGCGUCCACCUCACAAGGAGCAAGCGACCCAAUCAUUGAAGGGGGGAGCCCAGCUGCCGCAGGGGAAAUCAUCAAAGCAGAGCUCAGCUACUGGGUCCCGUUUCGGUGUGUUGCAGGAAGAGGACAGGGUGGAGAGUUCGGCCAGGCACGAGAACCCAGUGAUCCUAGCGGAAAGUGGUGUCACCCAUGAAGUGGAACUUCCCAAAGGGCAUAUGAAGCACAAGAACAAAACCCAGACGCAUGAUGCUGGGAACAAGAAAAAUACUCCCAUGCAUGCAUACCCUACAGAGACGUCACCUCCACAACCAGGGCCACUUCACGCGGAUCAACCAUCGACGACACCCCGUUGCAGCCUGCAGACGGAGCCCAUAUCGACUCAAGGAACGGGAACCGAUGUCACUCCUCCCUCAAAUGUCCGACCAUCGGAAGGCGGAAAGGAUCACCCAGAACCGCGACCCGGAAAAAUUAUUCUGGGAGAGAAGCAGCCUAGCAAAAGCAGGGUGGAGAAGCCGCCCGACCAAAAUGCCUUUGCCAGAAAGCCUCAUAAGGGCCAAGCCGAUGGGAUCAGGAACCAGUCGGCGAUGAUGAUCGACGGGGUUAACCCGUCGGAGAAUUAA